CUGACAUACUACACCCUAUUAUGCAUCCUGCAUGCUGUCCAUCAUGGAUCAUGUGCAGCGCGGCGAUGUUUGCAGGGUAAUCAGCCCAGCGACCUUGAGAACUGGGAAGUUUUUGACCAGCCAAUGGAUUUGCGAGUUUCAAGCUGGCACGUUGCUUGAGAUUCUGGACAUUGAUAGUGGUGAAGUUGGUCGGAGGCGAGCUCGUGUGCAAACGCAACUGGCACACCUGCAUGGAUGGAUUAGUCUUCGAACUGCGGGCCUGGACUAUUUGGUAGAGAAGCUAGAUGAUGACGAGCUUACUUUCCAAAUCCCUGAAGCCACACAAAUUUGUGGUCAAUAUGUUCCUCCUUUCUCCAGUGAAGACGCAGGAAGCAUCGAAGCUGCCCUUGCACAUGUGAUUGCUCACAUUAAAGCCCACCCCGAUUUUCUUCUUCUGUCAGCGCCUCAAACUUUGUCAGAAAGAAUCGCACAUUUUUGGGGCCGUGGGAGCCGCAACAGCCUCGAGCAGGAAUUGGAGCAACGGCACAAUGUUUGGUCCAGCCUGAGCUUUAGGCAAGAUCCUAUCGAAGGGCUUGGCAUCGUUGCCAUGCUUUUGAUUUCACAGCAGGCUGCUAUGCUUGAGCUGGUGAAGACUUUUGGUCGCCUUCACGAGGAAAUCUGGUGCCUUGAGGAUACGGAUGCUGACACCUUGUUCCACGUGCAUGGUGAGACUCGACAGGCUCUGACUUUGGCAAAGGAAUUGGCCAAGAAGUGUGAAUCAGUUGCCUUUGGAUUGAUGUUGCCAGACAUUUCAUGGAAAAGACCCUGGCCAGAUCCAACAAAAGUUGUUGAUGCAUUAGACAGGGGCAAGGCAAAGUUGCAAUAUUUUCAAGACUCUGCAUCCAGAAUUUCCGGACAAAGGCGCAUUUUUGUUGCAAGGUUGAAGGCUGCUGUUGAAGCACGCGCGGCAACUGAGGCUGUUUCCGCCAUAACACUUCUCUCGGAAGUGCUGAAGCCCGGCAAAAGACUUGACUUUCCCUUGGUUACUGAACUUUAUGACAGGGCGACUAGUGAUGCCUCUGAGCUAGCUCAAGUUGCGGACACAAUGGAGGCACUGCUGGACAGCCCUGACUUACCGACGCGCCUGAAAGUGCUUACCAUAAUCAAUGAGUUACUUUAUGAUGAUUCUGCGCGCCAAGUGUUUGCGUCGAGGGGCAGCUUUUUGCGUAUUGGACACGCCUCGGCCGAGGAGACGAACAUGGCGCUUGAGUUGGCAGCUGCCAAUGCCAACUUGUUAGCUUCGGAAAUCUCGAGAAGGCUUUCGAGUGAAGCGGCAAUAGUACAGGCAGUCCAAGCUGGUUGCUUCAGUGUUCUGCAUCAGACUUCCAACGCAUCAUGGCUCACAUCAGUAGCACGUACUCCAGAACGACAAGACGCUCAACUCGAGCCAUUGUCUUGGUCACGGACGCGGAGUGCAAUUUGUGCUUUGGACGCGCGCUUUCGAAGUGGCACUGCUUCAGCUGCAGAUGCGAUAUCAGUUCUGGACCAAAUCUACCGAAGUUUUGAACAUGCAACCGGCAGCAUUUUAAAGCUCCAGCAGUCAAUGGACCAUGCGUGUGACAAUGACUUUAGGGAGCUCACCGAGGGCUUUCUACUGUCUGCAGCCCAUGUGCAAAGCAGCGCGUUGGAGUGGAAAUGCCAGGUGGUGGAUGCAGCUGAUGUCGCUGCCCCAGAUCAGCCCAGCUCAAAUUCCAUAAUCACUCAGAAACUGUCGCGGCCUUUGAGCAAAUUCCUGGGGAGAGCCAACAGUGUUGGAGACAGCUUGAACGCAUGCUUGACGGUCUUGCUUGCACGCCGUGAGCCUGCUUAAUGAUUCCAGCCUCAGAGAAUGCUGGACUCCUCUGCACGGCUUCCGCGACCGUCGAACCAGGAGAAACUGUGAUGCUACUGUCACCGUGAUGGAGACGUCCCCGAAAAUCGGCCCUUCUUCUGACUCGUGCACACGUCAAACUUUUGACAGCUGUGGUCAUGCAAUAGCGCACUUCAACCACGCGUCUUCAAGGGCUUGGACAUUGGCAUUUGCAGGCCUUUGACCUAAAGAGCCGGGCUCGCGUAAUCUCGCGUAUGGGCGCGCAGAGCUAACAUCGGGUUUAAGCUCUUGGGCUGGAAGCUGC